CCGCACGCCCCCACGCCCUCGAGGCCCCCGCCGCCCGACCCAACAGUGGAGCCGACCAGCGCCUCCCGUGGCAUCAUCCUGCACCGGAUCGCUCCUCGCUGGGGCGGGACGUGGCCCGACGGCUCCGGUCACUAUGAGUGAAACAUCUUUCAACCUAAUAUCAGAAAAAUGUGACAUUCUGUCAAUUCUUCGGGAUCAUCCUGAAAACAGGAUUUACCAGAGGAAAAUCCAGGAACUGAGCAAAAGAUUCACUGCAAUCCGCAAGACUAAAGGCGAUGGGAACUGCUUCUACCGGGCCUUGGGCUACUCCUACCUGGAGUCUCUGCUGGGCAAGAGCAGAGAGGUUCUCAAGUUCAAAGAGCGUGUACUGCAGACCCCAAAUGACCUUCUGGCUGCCGGCUUUGAGGAGCACAAGUUCCGAAACUUCUUUAAUGCCUUUUACAGCGUGAUAGAAUUGGUAGAGAAAGAUGGCUCCGUGUCCAGCCUGCUGAAGGUGUUCAAUGACCAGAACUCCUCGGACCAAAUCGUGCAGUUCUUGCGCCUGCUCACAUCAGCCUUCAUCAAGAACCGAGCCGACUUCUUCCGACACUUCAUUGAUGAGGAGAUGGACAUCAAAGACUUCUGCACUCAUGAAGUGGAGACCAUGGCCAUGGAGUGUGACCACAUCCAGAUCACAGCCCUGUCCCAGGCACUGAACAUUGCCCUGCAGGUGGAGUACGUGGACGAGAUGGACACUGCCCUGAACCACCACGUGUUCCCUGAGGCUGCCAUUCCUUCCGUUUACCUGCUCUAUAAAACAUCCCACUACAACAUCCUUUAUGCAGCCGAUAAACAUUAAUUUUAGGCCAUGCAGUGGAACCUGUCACCUAACGGACUGCAUUCUAAAUGGAACAUUCCGGCUUUUCAAUUUUUUAAGCGAUUUAGACUGUAGCUAGAUUAUGUACAGCCUUCUGGGCCACGCCAUUGGGAGUGAGACCUGCCCAUUAUGGACUGUGGUAACUUGGUGGGAUUUUUAGUAUUUAUUUUGAUGGAGGACUUAAUGCCUGCUAACUCUGGGCCAGAAAGCCAGGACUUGUGGCUCUGCACCCCAGUUCUCUGUGAGACCCUCUUUGGACCUGUUUAUUCAUCUGGAGGAGGUUCCUGACAGUGUUGACAUUCUAUUGUUUAAAAAGAGUGUCUUCUGGUUUCUUUCCACCGGGGGCAGUGCCCCUCCGCAGGGAAGAAAAGGUCAAGGUCAUGAUUCAAGUGACUUAGCAGCUAUCAAAAAGAAUCCAGUCACGUCAUCCCAUCAUGUUAAGCUGGGCAUUGGCAGAUGACUGAAUGUGAGGGCGUCCGUGUAGUUCCAUUCACAAUAGGCAUGCUUUCCCGCCCCCACUUCAGGAGAAAAAGACUUUUAUGCUGAAGUCCAGAAAAGGGCCUUUAGCUUUCAGCAUGAAGCUCAGGUUGUUGGGGUCUCUAACUUUCAGGGGCAGAACUCCUGACUUUUGGGUCAGGCCUUUGGGGCCUGAGCCAGAUUCUGUGUGUUCACAUCCGUGACCAGGAGG